GAAUCAUCAAAGCGACGCUCGCCUAAUGUCAGUGAACAACAAAUGUGAGACUUGAAUUGUGAAUUGCUCUUGUUUUUCAAUGAAAAUGAUUUAUUUUAAUAAAGGAUAUUGAAAUAUAAGUCAAAAAUAAUAGAAACAACACUAUUAAAAUCAGUUACACAUAAUAUUGACUCUAUAGUUUAGCAUAACUUAUUCGAAACGAUCAGGUUAAUCCGUAAAAAUGCCUACGAGUGGGCCUGUUUAUCAACCCACAACUGUUACCUAUGAACAGCAGCCAAAUGAUUCAUCAUGGACAAGACCGGUUAGCUAUUUAUCACAAACUGUCUCAAAUAGACGGUAUCUUCACAAACCCAUGGUACAAACAUCAAUCUUAAUAACUGGUUUAAUAACAAUCAUCAUUGGUCUGGUAAUGAUAGUUAAUGGUUCCAUAAAUUACGCUGACACACGACAGUAUCCUAAAGAAGUUGGUGAAGAUCCAAUUUAUGCCCCUGGUGAUAGCGCAUACUUAGCUAUAGCAAUAUCAGGUGUCUUAGUUGUAUUUUUAGGCUUGGCAGUUUUAGUAUUUUAUAUACGUUUGGUUGGCUGUCGAAGAACUUGUCCAUGCGUACCAUCAAAGGAAGCUCGAUUGGCAAGACAUUUACAAGGAAAUGGUGCAGCACAAGUAUUGGCAUUAAAUCCGUCCACAGAUCUUUUAGUGUCUGCUCAAUAUGCACCAGUAUCAGAAGUUCCUGCCCAAAUUGAUGAAGAACAAAGAAGGAAACUCAUGGCCGGAGAUAACAAAGAUUGUGUGAGUAGUGCUGAAGAAAGUGAUAAAAUGUUGGAAGCAGACCCGAGAAUAGUUUUGAGGCCUCAGCAAGUAGAAGAAGCUUAGAGUUUUAAAGUUUAUAACAACAUUUAGCAUCAAAUUGUAUUAUCAAUUCCUAAAUUGAAUACUAAAGCUCACAUAAUGGAUAAAUGAGAAGGCAAUAUGUAAGAUACAUACAUUUAUGUAGAUAUUAAAAAUCACUUCAUGUAUAUAAGACUUACUCUUAAGAGAUUUCAAUUUAACAAAUGAUAGUAACAAUCAUGACCCAUGUUUGCUCGUUGUUAAG